AUGUAUCGUACCUCGGCAAAAUUAUUAAUAAAUGAUAAUCAAAUAAGCAAUGAUGAUAAUGUAUCAACAACCGCAGAAAACUCCAAUGAUAAUGAGAAAAAAUCUCUAUCACCAAAUAUUUAUCAUAUUGAAUUAACAUCAAGUGACGAUGAAAAAUCUACGCCACAUUAUGUAAGUUGUCUGGAUAUUAAACCUAAUUAUCAAUAUAAUUAUUAUGAUUAUCGUCGUCGUCGUACAAGUUCUUUACCAAGUUCUACAAUUAUAUUCGACCUUGCAAGUCAAAGAAAAAUCAGCUAUCAUCGAAGUUCAAGUUUAAACAGUUUAACACGGUGGCAAAAUAAUCCGUACAAAAUAAUUUCUCUUUUCAAUCGUCAAUAUCAUUGUCAACCGAUAUCAGAAUUCGAUGGCAAUAAAAUUCUCUUAGCUAAUUCAACACACAUUGAUAUUUAUAAUCUUGAAACAGGUCAAUGUGAUGAAAAACUAUGUUUUCAAUCACCAAAUAUUAAUUACAUCGCUACAUGUUAUAAUAAAUAUAAAAAUGAAUUGUUAGUUGCAUCAACAUCGAAUUUAUAUAUCUAUAAUUUUCAAAAAUCUAAAGUUAAAUACGAUAUUAUUCUACCGGGCUAUCCAUUCAGUCUCGAUCACAAUCAUAGAAUUCGAUAUCUAGCAUGUAAUAUGUCCUCUAUAUAUCAUGGCUAUUUUUCUUUUACGUCUACAUGUACUUCAACUGUUCUUUCUCGUUUAUCGCAAUAUGGUUGUAAGCAUGUUUGUGAUCUUGAAUUCGAUGAUGGUACAAUGCAUGGUUUGCAUGCAUUUGAAAAUUAUAUUGGUGUUGUUAUACGAUAUGGUCGAUAUUCAUCAAAACAACAUGAAGAAUAUUCUCUGUAUGUUUACGAUUCAUUACUUGAUAGACAAGUUUACAUGAUUGAUUUAAAUGAUAUCGGCUGUAUAACGUGUUUAACUGGUUAUGAACGUACAUUAGAUUGGAUACUAUGUGAUUUUAAAAAACAACGAAUUAUAUUUGUUAAUCAAGAGUCAACUGAAUUUGUUCAAUUUAACGAAAAAAUAAAUCAAUGUAAAAUAUUAGAUGAAUCAAAUUACUUAGCUAUUUGGCUUGCAAAUCGUAUAUUUAUUUAUACGAUUGAAUAA